UCAACCCAAAAGGCCAAAACCAUAAGCGAAAAACCCACAGAAAGGGGAAAAUGAGAAAAUAUAUAUAAAUAAAUAUAGAAAGCCUCCUUGUUAUGAUGGUUCCCAAAGCUCUAGAUUUGUUUUGUUAAAAUUUCUUCUAUUUUUUUUGUUGGUUUUUCUUUUUAUUUUUCUGUCUAAAAUCUCUCUCCAAAUCUACCUUUCAAAUCUUCUUACACCCUUUUCUUCUGUUCUUUGUUUUGUUUUGUCUCAAAACCUUCUAAAAAAUAUCUUCUCCAUUCCCUCCGCACCUCUUUUUUUGGUUGUUGUUGUUGUUUUCAUUUGAUUCUUUUGUUUACCCAAUCCUUCAAAAAUAAUGGGUCUUUUGAGUCUUCUUGGGCAGGCUUGUAACUGAAAAGAUCAUACGAAAUUCUUCAUUGUUUCAUAAGAUUUCAAGGACAUUUGUUUGGGUUUGUUGGAUCUCCAAAAGCUUAUAUGGAUUGAUGGUGUCUAAAUUCUUUUUUCCCUGAAUUCAUUGCAGUUCAUGUGUAUAACCAUUUCAUGAUUAAUGUUGUCUGCAUUUAUAUAUGUGUCUUUGAUUUCUGAAACUUCUGUUGCGGGUUGGGAAAUUGAGCAGAAACGGGAGCAAAUUCUUAGGGUCAAUAGAGUUCCCAGUGUUGAUUUUAUGAACAAGUUGAUUGCUGGGUCAUUUGGGUGAGAAUAUGUAAGUUAUGGUAUCAGCAUCAUUAAUGCGAAUUGUGUCACCCUGCUGGAGGCCUUCUGUUGAGGGUGAAAAUUCUAGUAGAGGUGGGGAUGCUAAUGGUAGGGUUGAUGGAUUGUUGUGGUACAAAGAUUCAGGACAACAUGUUACUGGCGAGUUUUCAAUGGCAGUGAUUCAAGCAAACAAUCUUUUGGAAGACUAUAGCCAGCUUGAAUCAGGUCCAAUGAGCUCAGUUGAAUCAGGGCCUCAUGGGACAUUUGUUGGAAUUUAUGAUGGUCAUGGAGGUCCAGAAGCUGCUAGGUUUAUAACUGAACACCUUUUUGGCCAUAUCAAGACUAUUAAUGGUGCAGAGUUUACAUCUGAGAAUCAUGGAAUGUCAGCUGAUGUAAUCAACAAAGCAUUUUUGGCAACCGAAGAGGAUUUUCUUGCUCAUGUCAAGAAGCAGUGGCUAAGUAAGCCACAAAUUGCUUCUGUUGGUGCAUGUUGUUUGGUAGGAAUAAUUUGUAGUGGACUGCUAUACAUUGCAAAUGCAGGAGAUUCUCGAGUGGUGUUAGGAAGACUGGAAAAAGCUUUUAAAGAGGUCAAAGCAGUUCAGUUAUCAUCUGAGCACAAUGCAAGUGCGGAAUCUGUGCGGGAAGAGUUGCGAUCAUUGCAUCCUGAUGAUCCACAGAUUGUGGUCCUGAAGCACAAAGUGUGGCGUGUGAAGGGUAUAAUACAGAUUUCAAGAUCCAUUGGUGAUGCUUAUCUAAAGAAGGCAGAAUUCAACAAAGAACCUCUAUUGCCAAAGUUUAGACUUCCAGAACCAUUCCAAAAGCCAAUCUUACAAGCUGAGCCAGCAAUAUUAGUGCAGAAACUCCAUCCUGAAGAUCAGUUUCUAAUAUUUGCAUCAGAUGGUCUAUGGGAACACCUAAGCAAUCAGGAGGCAGUUAACAUGGUCAACACCUGUCCACGGAAUGGUAUUGCCAGGAGACUUGUCAAAGCGGUACUUCGUGAAGCAGCAAAGAAGAGAGAAAUGAGAUACUCAGACUUGAAAAAGAUUGACCGCGGGGUGAGGAGACAUUUUCAUGAUGAUAUUACAGUCGUUGUUUUGUUUCUGGAUUCCCAUCUGAUAAGCCGCAGCUACUGGCGUGGACCCAUGGUUUCAAUCCAAGCUGGCGGUGGAUAAAUGACAACUCCUAGUGCAGCUGGGUCCUGGACCUCAAAUCACAUGCUGCGCGUUCUCUCCUUUUGUAUCAAGAAAACUUUUUUCUUUUUCCUUUUAAAGAGAAGAAAUUGAAAAUGAUUUUUUUUCCAAUGUAUAGCACGAAAUCCAGGAACUUGUAUCCCUAAUGCCAUAAGAGAAUUUUCUAUAGAUGGUAGUUACCAGUUAGAGAGUGCCUAAAGAGAAAUUGUCCUUGGAAGUUUGCUCUGGUGACUGACACAUGAUAGCUGAAAAUUUAUAAAUUCAUUUGACAUCUAUGGUAUCCAUCCGUUUGCCUUAAGAA